AUGGUAACAGAAAAUGAUAUUAGAUAUCGUGGUGAUACAACACCAUUGAUAAAUACAGAAGAAAAGAAGGAAAGUGUUUAUUCAUAUAAAUCGUUGGUUAGAAAGUACCCGGUCAACUUGGACGAAGAUACAGAGUUGGAUAAAUGUUUGACGAUUGUCGAUAUUAUAUCUUAUGGUGUUGGUAGUACAGUCGGAGCAGGUGUGUUUGUAUCGAUUGGUAUUGCGAUUUCAGGAUUCUCUGGUCCCGGUACAGCAUUGUCAUUCAUCUUUUCGGCGAUUGCCUGUUUGAUCUCUGCCUUUUGUUAUUCCGAAUUUGCUGCACGUAUUCCAUUAUCUGGCUCUGCCUAUACAUUUGCCUAUGUGGCAUUGGGAGAGUAUGCAGGUUGGUUUAUCGGAUGGAAUCUUACACUCGAGUAUGCCAUCUCUGCCUCGGCCGUCGCUCGUGGAUGGUCUGGUUACUUUUCCGAGUUCUUUAAGAUCUUUAACAAGGCCACCCCAGAAUGGGUGACUGGAUACAAUCUCAAUGACUACUUUAGCAUUGCUCCACUCUCGCCCGUCAUCAUUAUCAUCUGUACCGGUAUUCUUGUAUUUGGUGUCAAAGAUUCGGCUCGUUUCAAUCUCUCCAUCACCAUUCUCAACAUUACCACCAUUCUCUUUUUCAUCAUCUUUGGUGCCUUUUACGUUGAUAUCUCUAACCUCAACCCAUUCCUUCCAUAUGGUAUGAAUGGUGUUUUCCAAGGUUGUUCACGUAUCUUUUUCUCCUACGUUGGUUUUGAUUCGGUCACCACUCUAUCCGGUGAAGUUAAAAAUCCAAAACGUGAUCUUCCAGUUGGUAUCGUUGCCACUCUUGGUAUUGCCACUGUUCUCUAUGUUGGUGUUACAAUUGUCUUGUCUGGUAUGAUUAAAUAUUUAGAUGUUAGUCAUGAUUCACCAUUAUCAGAUGCAUUCCUUUCAUUGGCAACUAAUCACCCACAUUUGAAAUGGGUAGCUUUUGUUUUGGUUAUUGGUACAUUGACAUCUUUGACUGCCUCUACUCUUUGUUCACUUUUGGGUCAACCACGUAUCUAUCUUCAAAUGGCAAAGGAUGGUUUGUUUUUCCAACAAUUCGCCUCUGUCAACAAAAAGACCCAAGUCCCAGUUUUUGGAACCAUCUUUACCGGUGCCUUUGCCAGUGUCUUGGCUAUCCUCCUUAAUCUCGAUCAAUUGACCAAUAUGAUUUCUAUUGGUACUCUUUUAGCCUUUACAGUUGUUUGUGCUGGAGUUGUCGUUGUUCGUUUAAGUGAUGAACAAGGAAAUGAAGAAUAUAGAUUAAAAUCACCAAUUUUAUUAUUUGUAUUGUUUGUAUUUGCUUGCUUGUUUGGUGUUAGUAGUGCUAAUAGUUGGAACUGGGGAUACCAAGUUGGUUUCUCUGUACCAAUGAUUGCCGUUAUGGUUGCACUCUCGUUGAGACGUCAAUUGACCGUUCCAACCACUUUCAAGUGUCCACUCAGUCCAGUCCUACCAUGUCUUGGUAUCAUUGUCAACACUUAUUUCAUUAUGCAUCUCGAUACUGAAUCAUUCUAUCGUGUCAUUAUUUGGACAGUUGUUGGUUCUAUCAUCUACUUUGCCUAUGGUAUUCGUAAUAGUAAACUUAAUAAUCGUAUCAACGGUGGUUCUCAAAAAUCUGUCAAUUAA